CCUUAGACUCCUGUAUGCUGCAAGAUGGAUCAUCAGAAUCUGUCAUUCUCAUAGAUAAUUUGAAAGUGCAUCAACAUCAGAGCCUUUAGACAUGGCUAUGAAAAACACAGGUAUUUUAUUGAAAAGAAUGAGAGCGCUCUUGAAAAACACAAAUUAUGUGUCAGAUCCCCUUCAAGCUUAUAUCAUUCCAUGUACAGAUGCCCAUCAGAGUGAGUAUCUUGCCCCAUGUGACAGACGUCGAGCUUUUAUCUCAGGAUUCACUGGUACAACUGGAACUGCUGUGAUAACAGAAAAUCAUGCCAGUCUGUGGACAGAGCGGAGGUAUUUUCAACAAGCUGAUAAGCAGUUGGAUAAUAACUGGACUUUGCUGAAAGAAGGUCUUCCUGGAACUCCUGCUAUUCAUGAAUGGUUGUCUAGAGUACUUCCUGUAGGCAGCAAAAUUGGCAUAGAUCCUCUAUUAAUAUCAUACGAAGACUGGAUAGAUUUGUCUUCCAAACUAGAAUUAUCUGGACAUUCCUUACAUGCCAUUUCUCAAAAUUUAGUUGAUUUAAUUUGGGAUGAUAGACCACCCCUUCCAUCCAAUAUUAUUGAACCUAUGUCUCUAGUAUACACAGGAAGGUCAUGGCAAGAAAAAGUAGUUGAUGUUCGGCUGAUAAUGAAAGAAAAAGGAGCAACUGCCUUGAUUGUUACUGCUUUGGAUGAGGUAGCGUGGUUGUUUAAUUUACGUGGCAGUGAUUUUGAUUACAAUCCUGUUUUCCUUGCUUUCGGAGUUGUGACUUUGGAAACUGUUUACCUUUUUGUUGAUGAAUCAAAAAUUACUAUUCAAGUGAAACGCCACUUUCAAGAAGAUUGCUUUGAUAAAAUAAGAGUUGAAAUACGCCCUUAUCAAUUAAUAAAAGAAUUUUUAACUUGGCUUGUUAAUCAGCAGCAUGAUAAAAUAUGGAUAAGUAGAAAAUCUAGUUAUGCUCUGCUGAGGGAGAUUCCAGAGGGUUGUCGAAUUGAAAAUCCUAAUCCUGUGUUAUUGAUGAAAGCUAUUAAGCAUGAUGUUGAAAUUGAAUGCAUGCGACGUGCACAUGUCAAAGAUGCAGUUGCAAUGUGUGAAUUUUUUGCUUGGCUGGAAGACGAAGUUUCCUCAAGUGAAGUCACAGAACUUUCAGCUGCUUUUAAGAUUGAAGAAUUUAGAAGGCAACAAGAAGACUAUGUAGGACCAAGUUUUGAAAUCACAUCUGCUUCUGGGCCAAAUGCUGCUCUUAUACAUUAUCAUCCAACAGAAGAAACAACAAGAGUGAUAUCAGCUGAAGAGUUUUACUUAUGUGAUUCAGGAGGACAAUACAUUGAUGGAACUACUGAUGUUGCUAGGACGUAUUUUUUUGGAAUCCCUUCACAGUAUGAAAAGGAAUGUUUCACACGGGUUAUUAAGGGCCAUAUAGCCAUAUCCUCUGCUGUUUUCCCUCGACAUAUCAAAGGUCAAAUGCUUGACACCUUAGCUAGAAAGUCACUUUGGGAAGUUGGACUUAACUAUAUGCACAAAACCGGUCAUGGUGUUGGAGCCUAUCUAACUGUGCAUGAAGGGCCUACUGAGAUUGACUGGAAACCAAAUCCAGAUGACCCUGGAUUGCAAGAAGGAAUGAUAAUUUCUAAUGAGCCUGGUUACUAUGAGAGUGGGCGAUUUGGAAUAAGAAUAGAAAACUUAAUGUUAGUGAAAAAAGCUGAUACAAAGUACAAUUUCCAAGAUUGUGGAUUUCUUACUUUUGAACCACUUACUCUCAUUCCAUUUCAAACCAAGUUGUUGGAUACUAGCUUAUUAACUGUUGAAGAGAUGGACUGGUUAGACAAUUAUCAUCAAAUCUGUCGAGAUGUAGUUGGAAAAGCCCUAAGGGAACAGGGCCGACUUAGUGCCUUCCAGUGGUUGAUGAGAGAAACACAACCUCUAGGUUAA